UCCUCACUGUUUGCACUCGCUCUCUUUUUCUUGCCGCUCUCCCUGCUCUCUCGUCAAUCCUGCUUUCUAUCAUUAUUCACCAUCCUCACUUGCUCAUCUUUCUCCACAACUCCCCCCCCUUUCUCAUUUUCUCUCAUCCAACCCCCCUAUUCACAUAUCUCUUCCUCCCCCUUUCAGCCACCUCCUUGUUGUUGGCGGUCUGUCUGUGUUCAGUAGUCAGAAUGGCGUCGCUCGGCCUCCUACUGUGCGGUGUCGCACUGCUCCAUGUUGUACAGUGUGGACUUGCAGCUCGUGGAGGAGCAAGACGUCAGAAUCUGUUGGCCUAUGACGACAACCGCAACGACGUGAUGUUACACCCAGCAUACUACCAAUCAGAAGGCUGGAGUGGGCGCAGCUUGGAGGAAGCCCUUCAGCAAUUGUUGGAGAGGAGCCAAAAACGGGAACAGGAGAACAAGGAGCAGCGGGCAGCAGCAUACUUGGCGACUUUGCUCCGCCUCCUUGCCAAGACGGAAGCCACAGGACUGGCUGAAACAAAAGAUGUGCGGAUGGAGGAGGAGGAUGACUUCCAGGGCCCGGGUCUGAGUAUGAGGAGGCGCCCCACAACCUGGUGGACUAGCAUGACGCCACAGCUGCUUCAGGCCCUGCUAGACAGGAUGGAUCUGCAGGUAGGUGGAGCUCCACCAGCAAGGAUGAAACCUCGCCGAUUCCGCAGUGAUGAACAUGACAGUGGAAGUGACAAUGAUGAUGUGAGACGUCUACUCGCUAGGAUCCUUCCAAUCGUUGGCUUCGACUAUGCUCCUUCCACUCGGCGAUCACGACGGGAUUUGUCGGUAUUGGAGCCUGUGGGAACCGCCCAUAGGAGAAGCCGCCGUUCCCUGGAGGAUGACGCGUUGCGGUCACCCAGCAAUGAGCCACUGCUUAGGGUUAAGAGGCUGGGUGAUGAAGAACAAGAAGAGCUGCAGUUUCGAAUGGUGGCAAAUGCAAACGUUCAACAACAUAGUGGCCGACGCCGGAGAGCCGUCCUAAACCAUGCGCUGCUUGACCAGAUUGUCAACUACAUGAGGAAGUAGAAAACAAAGCGAGUAAAGGAAGGAUAGGGUGUUGUGUUCAGAAGUAUCAUCUUUAUUGUCAUAAUCACAAGUAUAUCCGUGAUGUGUCCUCGUUAUGGGGUCAACUUACGUUGCAACUGAGUGAAAAUCUUCAAAACAGCCCAAUUAUAGGUAUGUGCCCCCUGCUUGAACCAUGUAAGAUCAGGGGUGAGUAAUAACAUUUAAAAAUGAUGUACCACAAUUGCUCACAAACAUCUUUAGAGACAUCCUAUAACUGAGCCUUUGCACAGAUUAGGUGCAACUAUCGUUAAUGUGUAGGCCUAACCUACCUUUGGCGACAAAAUUGUGUAGGAAGAAUGGCACACAAACACACACACUACACUCAGGAUGAUUUAUUUGGAAACAUUAGAAAAUCGGGCCAUUUUAUGACUUCAGUUGGGUAUCAGACAAUGAGCUUAACUACUUGCCCAAAGCUGCUCCACCUUACAUUGUCAUGGAUUUUGUUUGGAUUGUUUGGAUUUUGCUUGAUUUUUGGGGAGUGAAAUUCAAUGUGGCAUCACCAAGGACAUCAGUUGGAGCUGAGUGAUUGGUUUCUCCUUGCCGUAUUUGUGCACUAUAGCUUGUCAUGCGACUACUGGUAUUCGUGCCUCUGUGGCAAUCUGUAAUCAAAGGUGACAAAACAUCAUGUGCCGACUUAAAUAAACAGAAGACAUCAACUAAUACGCUUGGUUAUGUUAUGCUAACAUCAGCACCAAAGUAACCAGUAGCUUGAACAAGCAUCCAAAAAAUUGAGGAUUUUGAACCAUGCCUGUGUAACCGGUGUUGAAUGGAUCCACGCCAUGCGACCCGAUCCAAUCCCCCUUGUCCAGGUCAGGACUUGAACCCGUGCGCACGAUGCGUCCACCACGGCAGGCGGAUGCGCUGACCACCAAGCCAAAAACCCCAGGCUAGCUGCUUUGGCCGCCAGCGCACCCACGUGAAGGCAUUGGGAGGGAAGUUUCCACGCACCGCACACUACGGACCCGCGUGUAGCCUGUACACCUUUCAAGUUUUUGUUAUAAAUCUUGUAGCUCUCAUUCUGAAAAAUGAUCUGCCUGGAGUAUAAUGAGAAACGAAGAAAUUCUUUCCUUUCUUUUCCUCUUUUAUUUUGAAGAUUUAGUUGAAGACCAAGUUCACAUAAACUUCAUUUAACAUGUCAAAGACAUGCACACACGCAAAGCCCCCCUAUCCCACAUAUCAAGGGCGUAGGUUUGGUCUCAACAUUGUUAGGGACGAUAUAACAGCAUAACCUGCAUGUACACUUUUUGCUGGGGACGGGACAUUAAUAAGACCAAACAGAUUGGGUGAACGGGGUCCAGGGCUACAUUAUUCACGAAUUUGAACCUAAUUAAUUGAUAGGCUAAAUGAUUCAUUCAAAAUACAUCUGUAUUGACUUAUACUUUCAUAUGUUAGGGUUCUGGUUCAGGUGAUACAACGUUCAAUUCAAACCUUUGUUUUCAAAAACUACUAAAGAACCAGUUUGAAAACUUCCAGAAUAUAUGUCUGGAUUUUAUUAACAAAUUUAAACUGCAAUAUUUGAACAUAACUCAAAUUAUAUUGACAUACACAAUAAAUACAAACUUGUUAAUAAUCUCUUAACUAUACAGGAAUGCAAAAAAAAAUAAACAUUUGUCUAAGGACCACUCAACAUUGUCUGUUUAAAUGAAGAAAUUAAAUAUAACUGAAACUGAUGUUGAUGCCUUUUCCUCCGAAGAGCUCUACUUUUGUCUCAUCUGACCAGGAGCAUUCUUCAAAAAAUUUUUUUGGUUUUCUCGGGUAAGUUUUGGCAAACUCCAGCCCGGCUUUUUUAUGUUUCUCGGUCAGAAGUGGGGUCUUCCUGGGUAUCCUACCAUAGAGUCCCGUUUCGUUGAGACACUGACGGAUUGUAAGGGUUUACACCAGGGGUGUCCAAACCUUUUGCAAAGGGGGCCAGAUUUGAUGUGGGGGCCGACCUUGGCUGACAUUAUUUACGUAGAACAAUAUAUUUAAGAAAAUGUUAGCAAGCCAUUCAGUGUAUCACAUUUGCUUUAUUAUUUUUUUAAUUAAUCAUUUCAACAAUCUCGCAACCAUCCUUUGUGGCAUUUUCUUUCGACUCUCGGGCUCUUGCGAAAUACUGGUGCUGUGAAAUUAAACUAGCUUCAAGUUGCUUCAAUUUCUCGCUGCGUAUCUUCCCUGUAAUCUGGUCGUAUAUGUCAGAAUGUCUUGUUUGGUAAUAUCGCCUCACAUUGCACUCUUUAAAAACAGCGACUAUCUCUUUGCA